UACUUUUAGUUCCACCCUCGUACUGUUAUUGAACCUUUUACGCAGCAUACCAACGAUAUCGACUGAAUUGUUUUGUUUCAGAAGAGCGUUGGUAUCAAAGAUGGUCAAGUUCAGCAGUCCCUACAGGACCAGAAGCAAAGAGGAAGCAGCAUUGAAUGACAGCGCAGACAAUAAUGAUUGUGGUGCACUGGAUGAGCAGAACUAUGUCCAAGCUUUAGGUACAGAAGAUGAUGAAGAUGGUGUGUCCCGAGUCACUGGAUCCUCUAUUUUUACUUUUAAACAAAUCAAGCGGAGCCACAGCAUGGCUCAGACCGCCAGUGAUUUGGCAAAGACCCCUGGGAAAAGUGUAACAUUCAGCAAGACACAUGUGCAACCCUCGACUCCAACUAGAACAGGCUCUGAGCCGAGAGGUCAAAGUCGGACACCGCGAAUGGACAAGAAGGUCCAGUUUGUUUCUACAACACCACACAGACUUGGGAAGAGAAUAACAGUUCCAAGCCUUCGUUCAGACAGCGACAGUGAGCUGUCUCCUUCAGACUCUGAAGAAGAGAAUGGAGUGGACGAAGUGGAGAGGGAGCAGAAAGCAAAGAAGGAAUAUAAGGAAAACCCGAAGACGCCGGGUAAGACACAGUCUAAAGGAUUAUCCGCAGCCCUGUACAAGACUCCGGCCAAAAAACGGAAAAGCAGCACCUCCGAGACCGCCGGCCGGCCUACUAUGGUCGAGGAGUAUUUCGAGGCCCACGGUUCUUCGAAGGUCUUGACGUCGGAUCGCACCCUUGAGCGUUUACACACGCCCAAAUUCGACAGGGAUACACUGGUGCAGCUCUUGGAUGGAAAACCUUCCAGUUAUGCAGAUGAGAUCAAGCAGCUGCACGAUAAACUCAGGAAGCACUUCAGUAAAUGGAUGCUGCAGUUACAGUUGGGCUUCAGUGUUCUGGUGUACGGUUUGGGAAGCAAAAAAGCCCUGCUAGAGGACUUCCGCGUGUCCUACCUGGCCCAAGAAAUCCAUCUGGUGGUCAACGGAUUUUUCCCCUCCAUUACUCUUAAAUCUAUUUUGAAUGCACUGACAUUUGAGAUUCUGGAACACCAGGGGACUUUCCGAACUCCCUCAGACCAGAUUCAGUUCAUCACUAAGACUCUUAAAGACCGUACGUUUGUCUCCGUUUCGGCUGACAUUGUCAUAGUCACAGUCUUCAUCAGAUUUAAAUCAAUCUUUUUUUUUUUUUUUUUUCCCUUCCCACGGCCAAACCCCAGGUGUUUUCUGUUUUGCUGGACUUUUUCCCUGACUAUGACCCAUUUUUGCAGGGGAAUCUUCAAAGUGCUGGUUAAAUUUCAACUGGAAAACAAAGACAGUCCUUCGUACACAGGCAUGUCAUUCCAAGAUUUCUACCAGCGAUGUCGAGAGGCGUUCUUGGUCAACUCUGACCUAACGCUGCGAACUCAGUUGACUGAAUUUAGAGACCACAAACUAAUCAGAACACGCAAGGGUGCAGAUGGAGUAGAGUUUCUUAUUGUUGCUGUGGACACUGGCACACUGACGGACUUCCUGGAAAACGAAGAGGUCAAGUGACAAGAUUGUAAACGCAUUCAUUCAAAAAUGGACGAACUGGUUUCUCCUGCAAUGGAGAAAGUCACAGAUACAUGGACUCUAUAAAAUGUGCCCAGGUAACAGUUUUUAAACUAUGGAUAUAGAUACAACUUUGUCUGUAAAAAAAAAAUGGAAAAGGUAAAUUAAUAAAAUGAUUACAAAAAAA